AUGCAAUGGCAGCAAAUUUUCGUUGCGCUCUACUGCGCUCUUGGCACCGUAAGCGGGUUCAAGCAUCACGUACAUGACGCAAAUUUCACCCCAGACGAAGUGCUCAGAGUCACCAGACAUAAUGUGACGAUCGGGGGACUCAACAGAUACACCACGUUGGUAAACGAAACUUCUCCGGGUCCUGAAGUGCGAAUUAUAGAGAAUAGGGAUAACAAUUUGACGAUGCACUGGCACGGCCUUAGCCAGUCAGCAUAUCCCUUUUCAGACGGCAUACCGCUUGCCAGCCAGUGGCCCAUACCCCCGGGGCACUACUUCGACUACGAGCUCAGGACCGAAGUCGAUACUGCGGGAACAUAUUUUUAUCACUCACACAUCGGGUUCCAAGCUAGCACGGCUGGCGGGCCCUUGAUUGUGGAGGACCCCGGUGCAACAUCAUGCGAUAGGAACCUGGAGCGCGUGUUCUUCCUCUCGGAGUACUGGCAGGAGACGGAUCAGGAAGUGAAGGAACAAAUGCAGGAUACUCCUAUAAGAUGGCCCGGUAAGGCCAGAGGAUUCCUCAUCAACGGCAAGGGUAUCGCUAGUAGUGGCGUUCUGCAACGAGCCUCUAAAACCCUCGAGGUGAUUGAGGUAGAGCCCGCCAAGGCAUAUCGUCUAAGGUUUAUCGGCGUAACUUCCCUCUUUAUGGCGAUGAUUGGAGUUGAAAAUCACACCCAAUUCGAUAUUAUAGCAGCGGAUGGCCACUACAUGCAGCCAUAUACCCGUUUACCGGAGCAUUCUAACCUGUCCAAGUCUCUAAUGAUUCUACCUCCGACUAUUAGCGGUUACCUCGACUAUAACCUCCGGCCGCUCCGCCAUACCAAUCCUCCUACUAUUAAUGAGGUAACUCGCCGAACUGAGGAUCAAGCCGAUCCGGUACCUCAUACCAGCUCUUCUCAACCAUACCUCGUCGCGCUAUACAAUAAUCAAUCGCGAUAUCUCCCCGACUAUGAUGCCGCAGUUGCCAACGGUGGUCUCGAUCCUAAGACAGGCACGUAUCCAGCCAAGCUCGGAGAGGUUAUAGAAAUCGAUGGAACGCCUGGCGGAGGUGGUCCAGGCGCCUGGGAUCCUGAUGUAGUAGAGAAACGUCUUAAUGGCAUAUACCCUGUACUUAGGGAUACUACGCUCCUCUAUAGGUACCAGGAAGGGGUUAAACCCAAUAAGAAGGCUAGGUGGAGGGUUUGGAGACUUCGGAUCAACGACCCGGGUGGUAUGCAGACUGUCUGGAUUUAUGGUGAUAUGAAGGAUAUUAUGCAUCUUAAGAGACCCGACGUUCAGGGUUACUUAAACUAUGGCGGCGAUAUAUACGGGAACGCCACAUAUGCGCCAAUAGUGGUGUACUUUUAUAAGCUUAGCUAG